AUGCCACUGUUGUCUCUGUUGAAGGUCACGGUGCCCUCCGGCAAAGCAAUCUUGGGCAGUCCACUGGGCGAUGGAAUGGCGUAUGGCAUUAUUAGAGCUCAGCAGCUACGAUGUUUAGCAGUCCCUGGAGGAAAAGCAGUUUUCAAGCGCGAUAAGCCUCAUCUUAAUGUUGGUACAAUUGGUCAUGUAGAUCAUGGAAAAACUACCUUGACGUCCGCCAUCACAAAAGUAUUGGCUGCCUCGAAAGGAGCUAAGUUCCGGAAGUACGAAGAUAUUGAUAACGCUCCUGAAGAAAAGGCCAGAGGUAUUACAAUUAACGCAUUUCAUUUGGAAUAUGAGACCGCCAAACGCCAUUACGCUCAUAUUGACUGCCCUGGCCAUGCUGACUACAUCAAGAACAUGAUUACUGGAGCAGCUCAAAUGGAAGGUGCCAUUCUUGUCGUUGCUGCAACUGAUGGUCCUA